GAGAAAGUGCUCAGUGAAAUAAGGAAAGAGGUAACCAGACACUUAGAGAGACAGCAUCAAAGCAAGAAUUUGGGAAAGAAACAGAGGGACAUUCACCAACAAACACAGGGAUUUAAAAACCAGAGUGACUCGUCGACAGAUAUAGAGAGAGCGCAGAUGUGAAUCUUCUCUUCUGCUUUUUGGCCUGUUUAGAGAGAACCAUGGUGGAUAACAGCACUCACCCUGUACUGGAAAUACUGCAGAAAUUUGGACUAAAGGACUUGAUCCUGGCCUUCUGUCUGUCCAUGGUUGUUGGACUGUUCCUGGGUGCCCUGGUGUAUUUGGUCCUGACCUGGAUGUCUCGUCACAAGGCUUCAGCCAACAUCACACCCCUCCCAUCGCGCUCCUCCCGAUCUACUCCGCGGUCAUCUUCUCCACGUUCUCGUCCUGGCUUCAACCGCAACAGCGGCAGUGUUUUCGAUCGCCGUAGCAACAACAGCCUGGCCAGUGCUGCGUUCUCCUUCCACCGACAGGCCUCUUCUUCACCAGACCAAGUCGACCCCCUCGGCCGCAAAUCCAGUUUCAGAGCUUCCACCUUCCAUCCGCUGCUCCAGUGCAGUCAGAUUGCUCGUGAGGCAGAGGAGGGUAGCCAAAGUACCUUACCGAGAACCCCAACCCUCACCGCCACCCCUGGAGCAGCAGGGUCCACUGGCACCGUCAGCUCCACAGUCACCCCUCCUCGGUCCAGACCUCGACCAAACUCAUUCUGGGGUAACACCAGUCUUAGAGGGUUCCAAGUUACACAGACCCCUCCACCAGCUUAUGACAGCAUUAUACGUGCCUAUCAGGAAACCUGCACCUGAGCAGAAAUGGGGACAUCACAUGGGAGCAGCAGAGGGACACGGAUAAGAGCAGACAGGGAUGGAUGUAAAGCUUUGCUUUGCAUCCCGACAUGAAGUUUUUAAUGAGAUGGAUUAUCUUGUGUCAGAUAUACUUUUUUUGAUUUGUGUGUGUGUGUGUGUGUGUGUGUGUGUGAGAGAGAGAGAGAGAGAUGGAGGGAGCAGGUGGAGAGGGAAAAGGGGAAUGUAGCUGUGUUGUAUAGUGUUCCUGUAUUCCCAAAGGCUGCUCUUGUGGCCAUCAAGAUGGACUUGCUGUUAAGUUUUACCCAGCACUAUCACACACACAUGCACAGAUUAGAAAAAACAUUAUUUUAGACCAAGUGGCAAUUGUAACCUGCAAUGCAUUGUGCAUGUCUUACUUUAACAUUAUUUUUAGUCAUGAAAAAUGUUUUCUAGUCUCUUAACAUAAUAAAAACAUGUCAUUUCAAGUG